AAUGGUAAAUAACAGAACAGAAGAGAAAAUCGAAUAAAGAUUAAACGUGAAUAGUAAUAUGAAUAUGGUAUGAGUGUAAAGUACAAGCCUUUAUUUCUUAUUUAUUCAUUUUUAAAAUUACAGCCAAGAAAUUCUCCAAUGGUGAUGACGAUGGUAUUUUGGGAUUAUAAACAUGGUAGAGUUAGAGAGAGAGAGAGAGAGAGAGAGAGAGAGACGAAAGAGAGAGAACUUGGGUCUGCCUGCCCUACAACCGCAAAGUCAUACCACCAAACCCAUUUCACCAUUUUUCCAUUUUCCAUCUUCCAUUUUCUAUUCACCCUUUUUCUUCUCUUCAAGUUUCAACCCCACAACGCUAAAAAUCACUUCUUGUCUCUUUAUUUUUUCUGGGUUUUGAUUGUUUGAUCUGAGAUACCACCGGACAAAGAUUACUCAGAUGAUUUGUUUGAUUGUAGAUGAUGACUUGAACUUGUCGUCACGGCGUUUUGGGUGAAUGUGAAUGUGUGCCGUACAAGUAACCCUGUUGGGAUUUUGGUUGUUGAUCUUCUCAAGGAAACGCUUUUGUUUUAAUAUAUAACUUUGCAUUAUCAAUGGUUGGGUUUGGAGUAUAUUUUGGUCUGGUUUUGUAUGAACGCCUGUUAUUAUAUUUUCAGAACGGUUUACUUUCAGGGCCCUUUAUAUAAUGUAAAUGCAGAUUGUUAGUACAUGACUAGCCAAUUUCUGCUAUAAAAAAUGUUGAUCGGUCAUAUUGUGGGAUUUUCUUCAUUUGAUGAAUGAACCUUGAGAGCUUUGAUGAAGUGAAAUCAACAUGAUCUGUUUUUAGCUUGAAUUUGUUGGAUUAUGGAGGCAGCAAGAACUAGCACUGACUUGUUUAUAGUACUCUUUUCAGGUAUAGGCUUUUGAUUAAUUUUACAACCCUGAACAUGUGUUACUUAUCUUGCUGGUAUGGAGGCCAGGAGAUUUUUGCUACUAGUGAAUUUCAGAUAUGUGAAAUAUGCUUCAAUAUAUCAUCACAUUUUUCUAAGGAAGUGGUAACUGAAAUGUCCAAACUGCGGAUGCCUUUGGUGGAUACAUAGUAUUAAAUUUUCGUCUCCAAGUUGAUUAUAUUGAUUGAAUUGGAAGUCAAAACGUGUGGUAAUUUUUAGGAUGAAAUCAUUGAUGCUCGGAUAAGUUUAGUUAAGUAGUUCAAAUCUGUAGGCAACAAAGGCUUGUAACAUUAGGUUACUCUCCUUUAGAUAACUAGAUUUUGGAAAAUUUGUGAUGGGCUUACCUCAAUUUUCUUCUGGUGGAACUUCUGAGGAAGCUGCUGCAGCUGUAUUGGGCGCGUUUUUACAAAGCCCACCUCGAAUUUCAGAUGUGAGCAGCUGUGAUUUGGAUGGUAUGAAUCAUGGAAGCUCUAGCCAAGUGAGUGGAAGUUCCAUGUGCUCGUCUUUUGGAGAUUACCAGACGAAAGCCUCACUAGAGCUUUCAAAUUUCCCUGAUGAGCCCCUUAAGUUUAGGGGGGCAUCAGAUGUUACUCCCAAUGUUAAUUGUUUGAGACUUGGUUCUGUAGACAAUGCAGGUCAAUUUGCUCCCAAGCAUGGAAGGAAUAUCCAUCGUCCUGUUUCUAGGAUUGUAGGUUUCGAAUCAAGCAGUACUAGUCUUGGCAAUGGUGGUUGCAAAAGUGUGUCAGCUGCUCAUGUCCAUUCUUCUGCUUCUGUUACUGUCGCAGCUAAUGAAACUGUGUCCAGUGGAUCAUUAGUAAGAAAGCGGUUGUUGUCUCCCCUGAAUAACAUGCUUUUUCCAGACCAACAUUUUGAGGGUCAUCCUCUGGACAUUGGUUGCAGAAAUAUUCCAUCAGAUUCCACAGUUAGGAUUGGUAAGUUAAGUGCUUCUUCUGUGCAAGAUCAUAAGAAAGCAAAUGUUGGAAGCAAAGACCAUUUUACCUUGCCAAAUUGGUCUUUAUUAAGUGGCUCAGAACAGAAGUGUAUACCUCAUGAUAGUGUCAUGGAAUCUAUUCUUUUCACUGAUGGCCCUUUUCUAGAGAAUGGGGAAUCACCAUUAUCUUCACCUGCAUUGUAUGAAUCCAUAUCACCAAAAAAUAUAAAAUCUCAAAGUAGGGAAAUAUCUGCAUCAUCAUCAUCAAAAAAGGUGAUAUCAUCUCCUCUUUCAUUGUCACCUCUUGGUCCCAAGUUUUCUGAUAGGCUGAAAUCUGCAAAAGGAUACAAAAAUACCAAAAAAGAGUUGGGGGAUGGUCAUACAUUAUUAAGUAAUGUAGAGAAAACAGUAGACUUUUCUGAAUCAGGCGUGAUCUUUGCUUCUGAAGAAGAGGAUUUUGGGAUUGCAAGCAAAUCAUUUGAAGAUGAUAUUUACUACAAAGAGUUCCAUCCAUCUUCUGUAGAAAAUAGUAUUGACAUAAGCAUCUCUAUGUCUCGAGGAUCGGCUCCUACUUCUCAAUGUAUGAGACUUCUAAAAAGUUUGAGUGGACUUCCCAUUAGGAGGUCCUUGGUUGGCUCAUUUGAGGAAUCUCUAUUAUCGGGUCGAUUCUUAUCAGGGAAAUUGAGUAAGAGAAUUGAAGGCUUUCUGGCUGUGCUAAGCAUUACUGGAGGGAACUUUUCGCCACAAUCCCAAAAGCUUCCUUUUUCAGUGACCAGUGUGGAUGGAGACUGCUAUUUGUUGUAUUUUGCAUCAAUUGAUCUCGCAGGAAAUUCAUCAUCAAACAAAUUGAAAAGCCAAAAAUUGAAACGAGGCACUAGCAAUGAUGAUUCACAAACUCUCAGGAGCCGCCUGCGCAUACCUAUGAAGGGCCGUAUUCAACUGGUUCUUAGCAAUCCAGAGAAGACACCUCUCCACACUUUCUUUUGCAACUACGACUUGAGUGACAUGCCUGCUGGUACAAAAACUUUCUUGCGCCAAAAGAUUACCAUAGCUUCUACUCAGUCGAAACUAGGGAAGACAGACAUGGAGUACUCAAAAGACAAUGACAAAGAGAGUAGCUUGGAAACAAGCAAGGCAGAUGUGACUACACCAACAUCUCUACUACAUCAAGGAACCGAAAUUAGCAGCAGUAACAUCAUGGCUGAUUGUGAUCCACAAUCCGAAAGCUUAAAUCCAUUCGCACUUAAGAAAGGCUGCAACAAUGAAGAGGAUUGGAAGGAACAAAAAUUAGUGGAAACAUGCCAUGAAACUUGCAAGAAACAAGUUCAUGGCUGUGCAAGGGUCAAUGAUAGUAGCAAUGGUGCUGGUGCUUUGCGUUAUGCUAUUCACCUCAGAUUUAUAUGCCCUUUUUCCAAAAUUUCCAAAUCACUACAGAAAUGCAAAUCUGACCCUCUUUCCAAACCACUUAAAAAGGGCCUUCACACGAACGAGGAGCGGAGAUUCUAUCUCUACAAUGAUUUGAGAGUUGUGUUUCCGCAACGCCACUCGGAUGAUGAUGAGGGCAAGUUGAACGUGGAGUACCAUUAUCCUGAAGAUCCAAGAUACUUUGAGGUUAACUAAAUGUCUCACAAAAAUUGGAAUGACUUCUUUUCUGUACAUAUACAUAUAUAUAUAUAUAUAUAUUAUAUUUUUAAAAAAAGAGCUAAUUAUGUCGCCUCAUUUGGCAUUAACCCUUGUAUAUAAUAUAAUUGGAUUAGUUGAUCAAGUGCCAUUUUGGUUUUUA